UCCUCCUCCUCCUCCUCUUGAUGCUGUUGGGAAUCCAGGUUCCUGAGCCUCUUCCCGUCUCGUCUGUCGUUUCUUUUGUUACAAGUGAAACCAAAAGCAGGAGCCGAGCUGACUGUGUCUCCAACCUCCUGCUCCUCCACCCGUUCCACCUGAGGAGAGUUCCUACAGUUCACGUCUCUCUGUGGUUCUGCUGCUCUCAAGACUCUUCUCCUCCCGGGACCAGGAUCAGUGCUUUAAUGGUUCAAAGUGCUUCUGACUGAACGUUACACGGCUUCAGCAGGACGGCGUUUGACUGACAAGCCUCCGUCUGAAGCUGAUAAAUACAAGCCCCACCUCCUCCACCUCCUCCUCCUCCUCCGCUGCUGCUGCUAUCUCAAAGACUCAGAGAGUCACUGUCGUCUCAGUCUGUGAAACACUGCUGACACUUUUCCUAUCUCCUUCUUCCAGUUGCUUCUAGGAGAGAAGCUUCUCUCACUCCGAGUCGUCUCUUCCUCACGUGCCCCCCCCCCUUGCCCCUCCCUUAUCCGACCCCGGCGACCUCUUCAACCUUUUCUCUUCUUUUUAACAUUCUUCCUCUUCUUUCACUCGAAACAUGCAAUUUAAAACCUUUCACUGUUUUUACCUUCUCGGUGUAAGAGGACUCAGUCUGUGAGAGGAAGCGACCUAAAGCCAUACGAGCACCAGCCAUACGAAACCUUCACAUCCACCGAGCGCCUCACGAUGUUCACGUGACCUGCACGUGACCUUCACGUGACCUUCAUGUGACCUUCACGUGACCUUCACGUCGGUGCACGCACACACAUUCAGGGAGUCAGCGCAGGAAACACACAUUUCCUCCGUUUGCAUGAAAGCCGAUUCGUGAGUUGUGACUUUUCUCUUUCGAGCUGCGUCCGAACCGAACCUGUGACCCGGCGGCGGGCGUCCGAGUGCCGCGGCGCAUCGUGGCCGCGCCGAGUUCCCCGUCGUCCUCCCGUGUUCCGCCGUGCUGACGGAUGAAUCCGGACAUUUUCAUGUCUGUUCUGUGGGCAGAACCUCGCUGCCCUGCUCGAACCGGGCCCAAGCCCUCCUUCGUUCUCUUCUGCUGGGCCAAGCUCAACUCAGAGCAGAGACACUCACACAAGGGAAUCGAACGCACAUUUCUGUGAUCCCGUCGCUGUCGAUCACUGUUUGGUGAAUGCCUUGCUCAUUUACAGAACUUCUCUCAGAUCGGUGACGUCUAAAUCCACGUUUCAGAUUUAAACCAAAACUUCAAGCAUCUUGACCUUUACUGAAAUCCUUCUGAAAGAGGUCACAGCUUUGUUAGACUCACUCAAAGCAGCCAGCUGUGUUGUUUACACACACAAACACACACGCGGAGCUUGAACACACACUCUGCGUUGUCGUUUUUUUUCCACGUAUGAUUUCACGCGUCCGUUUCCACGCAGAACAACAGAAGUGCCAAACGCCCACAAGAAUUCUUCCGACAUCCGUCACAGCUCAUUGAAGGAGAGAAACACAAGUUUACAUUCAGCUCCAGUUUACAGACGGUGUCCAGCUCCGUCUCUUAUGUGAAUUGUAACUUUCGUGCCAUAAAGGAAAACUCUGCAGACUCGUUAAGAGUUUACAUUUUUCUCGCUCUCAUUUUGUUUACGAAAAGAAAAGAGAUUACUUUCUGUUUCAACGAUUCUACACUUCUGGCCAGUUUAAUUUAAGAUGAUUUCAGACUUUAGCCGUUUCACAGGCACUUUGUCUGGGGCCUGAGAAACGCUGACAGACCUCGAUGUUUACAGAAGCUGCUUAAGGGACGGGUUCGUACGCAGAGACAUGUUUACAUUAGGCUGAAGGAGUGAAGCCCGUUGAGGAACCAGAGAUAAACCUUCGCUCCUGCGCCACGUGGACUCGAACCUGUGACUUCAGAGUCUGACCUUUUCAUAUUGAGCCUUUUUAUACAUCAACGAGCCGCCAUCUUUUUUUUUUACGUCGGUUCCUGAACUUUGUGGUAAAGACGAUGAAACCCACAGUGUCCGGAGGGAUGUCUCACUCGUCCCUCGCUGUCCUGCUGUUCUCCUGCCUUGCCGUGUCCUCGCUAACCGCCACCCGGGCAGGACGCGCUGUCGAUGGCGACGCGAGGACGUUGACCGGCAGCGGCGGCCAAUCAAGCUCCACCUUGUUCCUCUUGACCGGCUACAAGCCCCGGCUGCCGCCGCCGCCCGCCGGACCCAAAGUGGCGCCCAAAGCGGCCGAGGUGGAGGACGGGGACGACCCUGCUCCACCAGUCGUGGCCGAGCUUCCUCCGAAGCCCCUCCCUCAGACCAUGUUGCCCCGGAACAUGACGGCCGACGCCCUGAAGCCUCCACUCGGGGCGGCCCAGGUGGCUCCGCCCCCCCGGCAGCUGGUGGAUGUGGACGUGUGCAGGGGUUACUACGACGUCAUGGGCCACUUCGACACCACCUUCAACUGCUCCAAAGGCAGCUACAUCUACUGCUGCGGCACCUGCCACUACCGCUUCUGCUGCGAGCACGCCAGGACCCGGCUGGACCAGGAGGCCUGCAACAACUACAAGUCGCCCGUGUGGGCCGACCCGCAGGUCACCUCCACCGCGCCCACCGGCAGCAAGCAGGACCCGGACUUCGAGACGCUCCCGCUGCAGACCAGCAGCACGGCCUACGUGAUCGGAGGAGUGAUCUCCUUCACGCUGGUCCUGGCGGUGGGCGUCAGGAUCGCCUUCAGCAAGGUGGCGCGCCGACCCCGAAACCGAGACGUCAACAUGCCCAGAUCACUGGUGGACAUCCUGCGUCACCAGUCCAGCCCCGUGCAGCAGGGAGAGAGGAACAACACCAACAUGUUGACCAGCCCCACCUCGGACGGACGCACGUCCAAAAACCUCUACACCCCCGUCCUGCAGAGCAAAGACAACCGCAAGCGUGGCCCCCGUAUGAACAACACCCAGCAGCUCUCCUCCGGUCCCAGCCUGCUCUCAGGUAGCGGGAAAGGUGGCGGCGGCGGCGGCAGCAUCAUCAGCGGCGGCAUGCGACACAACAGCAGCCACCCGUCCUUCUCCCACUCCUUCCACAACCUGGCCCAGCUGCCGCCGUCCUACGACGCCGCCAUGAAACCAGAGAUCAACCGCUACAGCUCCCUGAAGAGGCUGGAGAAAGAACUGGACGAGUACUCCAGCUACUACAACUCCAAGCGCCGCUUCAACAACGCGCCGCCGUCCUUCCACUCGUCUCAGCACCACCUGCCCUACGGAGGUGAAUACACGCCGGGCUCUCGGGGGACGCUGCCCCUCAACGGCUCCCGGCCCCGUGCGCACAUCCCCGCCUCCACCCCGAACCCGUACCCGCUGCCCUCCCAGAACACCCAGUACACCAGCUUCUCGUUCGACAGGCCGCCGCGCCGCGUCCGCUCCCAGGACCAGCUGCUGGCACUUGGGGACAACACGCUGUCACGCCUGUCCAAGAACCAGCAGCACCAGUACUACAAAGCCAUGAUGAGCACCAGCAGGAGCUCCAACUCGCAGACGCUCCGCAGGUCCCACGAGAGGCUCCUGGUCUCCCCUGACUGUCUGGAGGACCGGCUGAUCGCGAUGGGGCUGAUGAUGGGAGGAGGCGAAAGAGGUGGAGGAAGUGGGAUGGUGCCCACCAUGGGCCGGCUCAGCCACCACCAGAAGGCCCAGUCGCAGCAGAACAUCUGCGUCACGCCGUCCAUGGAGCGCCACCACAUGAUCAAGAUGAACUCCCACCCGACGCCAGGCCACGACCACGAGCGCAGCUCCGCCGCCAUGCCCGGGAUGGGCAUGCACGGUGGCUGGGACCCCCACCGGGGCCACGGCGGAGGUGGAGGGGGGACGGGCGGAGGCCACCCCAACUCCCGGAGGAUGGCCUUCGCCAACAAGAGGCAGAACACCAUCGAACAGUUGCACUUCAUCCCCGGAGGAGGGGGGGGCCACGGACUGCGGACUGGGAGUAAGAACGAGGUGACGGUGUGAGAGGAGGAGGGAGAGAGAGAGAGAGAGAGAGAGAGAGAGAGAGAGGGAGGAGAGGUGAAGGCCGAGGAUAUAAAACAGGACGAGGGAAGGAGAGCGUUGAGGCAUUUAGUGGGAAGACGAGGCGUCUGAAAGAGAAAUGAGGAAGAGGUCCGAGCCCAUCCCAGCACACCGAGUGGUGGACGACACCAGUAACCUCCCAGUGAGCAGAGCCACUUGAUUCCCUCCUCGCCACUUCGCGUGUUGAAAAGAAUAUUCAGCCAUUUUCUGCAAAGGGAAGACACACACGUCCACUUCAACAGAGCAAAAAAUACAGUAUGAGUGAAGUUUUGAGGCUGCUGGGUAUUCGCUGUGACUUUUAUUGAAGGAUACCCGGCGAUUAUAAUUUAUUGACUUGUCCUCGACUUUUAUUGCGCUGUCCUCUGAGUCCUCGAGCGCUCUGACAGAACUUUCUCUGUCUUUGAAUCCAGUGUGGAUGACGGGGAGCGCCGAGGCAGAGGCAGACCGGUUUGCUUGUCUUUGUAUUUAUAAAAGUAUUUAAAACCAAACAAGUUGCUCUUUUAUAAGAUUUAACCUGAUAUUAACGAUAAGGAGCCCUGUUGGACUUUGUGUAUAAAACGAUUAUUUAUCCUGAAGUCAGCCAGUUUGUCAUUUCAAGGCCGAACAUUGUUGUGAUUGGACUAUCAUGAAGGUUGAAUCCAGAUGAAUGCAGUUAUCUGUCACAUGAUGGAUUUGUGGUUCGAUUCACAAAACAAGUGGAAAAUACAAUUAAUGCCUUUAUUCGGCAAAAAUCUAAAUGUAAACGAGCUGCUGCUGUAAAGGCGCCCAGUCACACCAGCGUGGGUUCAGUGAUGGUUGUGAUCACUGGAUUUAAUUCAAUCUUAAUGACGAGAUUAACUUUGGUGAACUGUGAAUUACGCUAAUAAAUAAAUCUGAAUCGUUGUAAGCUAGCGUGGCUAAUAAGCGACGCGUUUCACCUUUAUUUAUUUAUAAAAGAGCCAGUUUUUUUCUAGACGGGGAAUGACGCAGACAUUUGUGGUGAAGUAAUACGUCUUGAUUAAACUGUGAACUUGUCGAAUUUGUUGAGCGAGCUGAGAAGCUAGCUGCUAACUGUUAGCCCGUUAAUCCCGUGAGCUCGUUAAGCUUUUUUCCCCCAUGAUUAUUUAAUUGUGUAAUGUAAGAAAAUGCCAGUUUUCCUGUGCUGUGUCCUGGCUGGUUAGCAUUUUAGCAAUUAGCUUCUGUUGUUUCACAGCUAACCCUGUCUGGGCUGUCACUUUUCCCAAAAAUUAAAGUUUGAAAUUUUUUUACAUUCAGCAAACUUUGUUCGUUGUAUUCGUUAGGCCGCCCCGUUAAUGUCUUUGAUUGUUCCGUCAGGACGCCUCUGCCUGCUAGCAUCCGUCUUUUUCUCAGCAAAACUACGUAACAAUACUGGCUAACUCUACUGAUAGGUCGAGAGCUCAGCAGGUCAAGCGCCCUCCGCUGGUUCACGAGGCAAACUACUUCAAACUGUAUGAUACGCUUCUAAACUGUAUAUUUACAAUUCAAACAAGUUUUAAUAAAAACUGAAGUGACAGUCCUGCUCGGGAGUCUCGACAUCUCCGAGAGUUUUUAAAUCCAAAUAUUUCACAAAGACUCUGAUGAAUUUUAAUGUCCCACUCUCUGGUGUGACGGGGCCUUAAGAUCCACUACAAUCCACUUUAACUCAAGGCCUUUGUACAGUGAACUCUCGUGAGCGUUGAUCAUUGUGCUGUGACCCUUUGCGUAAUCAAAUGAAUUUGAAGAUUUAAGACUCUGUGUGGGUCAAACGUUUUAAUAUUGACGCUGACACAGCAAACGUCCCUCAAACACUGUUUCACACUCCAGGUUUUGGAAGUCGGACGUUACUGUUUUUUUGCGACCGAUUGCCGUUAAGCAGAUCCUCCCUUUCGUCCACGACGGCGCACGUUACCUGCGAAUUCAGCCGCUCGCCUCGUGUGGAGAGGAAAAGGGGUCAGACGGGUUCAAGGCCGGGGACAAUGGACACUUCACACUAAGGGCUAUACCGAAUUAUCUUUGUGUCUGUGCUCUGUACAGCGUCUGCUUCUCAUUUCCAUGUGUCAGCGUCCCGGGGGCAUGCUUGUGCAAACAUCCAUCUUUUUAUACGUGUAGAGAAAAAAAUAUAUAAACAUGCAAAGGAAUUCACUGCAAAGGAACUUUAGUGGAACAUGUGAAAACACCCGAGUCCUCGAUAGCACGGCGGGAGAAGUGUUGGCCAUGAUGAUGUCAUAUUUUGUACAUUUUUUAGUUGCUCUGGCUGUGAGAUGGACCUUGUGACCGCUCGGGGGGGAUUCACCCUCUCGGGGGGGAGUCACCCUCUCGGGGGGGGGGGGUCACCCUCUCUGAGGUUUUCUGUUUCCCCUCGAUAACGACGGAUGUGAUUGCCGCCAGGCACUUUUAGUCUUUAAGUACAAACAUGUGUGCUCAUGUGUUAAUGGUUUAUGGUCAUACAUGUAAUCACCCCCCCCCCUCCCCUCGAUCAGACUCUCUUCAUCACGAUGGUUAUUUUUGAUUUGCUUAUUUAUUUUUUGUUGAAACACGCAUUUAUUUUUUUAAAUCUCUGAACUUUAAGCUACAACCCUGGAUUUUCAACAUUCAAAGUUUCUAGUGGAAUUUUAAAAACAAGAAAAGAGAAAAACAUUUGUACACUCAACAACAAGAUAUGAUGCAAUCAAAGAGAAAAGACGGAACCGCAUGACGAUGUCAGAAGCCAGUGUUGAUGAUGUCAUAGUGCUGACUGAUGAGCUCACAGCGUGUGUUUAUGUGUCAAUGUACAUGUGUCUGUUUUCAUUUGUGUGCCCGUGUGCGUAACUCUCUCAGUGUCUUCUUCUUCUUCUUCUUCUUAGGAAUGCUGAACCUCAUUUUUGACAGAACUCGGUUUUUGUCUUCAGCACACGGAGACGAUUUUAACGCCCGAGUCUCAUUACGUGUUCAUAUCAACUUGUAAUGAAAUUUAAAGGCCUGUCCUUGUUUGAUUUGAAUUAUUAUUUCUUUUUCUUUAAAAAAAAAAAAGGGAACACUGAUCAAUCACAGCUUCUCUGGUCGAGCUACGUUCACCGAAGCGAGGACUUUUCAGACGUUUGAACAUGUUUAACGGUGGAAGGCUUAUAUAUUGUGUCACGUUUUUGGUAUUUGAACAGAAGUGAAAGAGCCGAGUGUGUCAGUUAUCGCUCGCUCAACGAGCUUGUGUGGCUUGAACGUGUACCUGCAAAAAGCGAUUUGUGUUUUGUAAGCUACUUUCUCCUUUGUGCUCAUUCAAACAGAACUUUAAAGACACAAAUGCGACUCGACGAACGGUGUUAACUCAGUUUUUGAAAGUUGCAAUACACGUGAAGAAGGAAGAACGAGGGUUUUUUGAGGGUCAUGGAGGAGUUUGUAUUGCAACUUGCCUUCGGCUGAAAGGACUCAGAAGGUUCUGUGGUUUUGACACUGAAAACAUCUCAUUAACUUUUAAAAGAGGAAGAGGCAAAAAUAAACAACGGGAGGGGAAAUGUAAAUGACACGUGAAAAAUUCAGUUUGUAUUUUCUUUCUCAUUUCUCCUCAUAGCUUCAAAGGUCUGAUACUCAUGUUGUAAUCUGUUUGGUUAAAUGCUCCCCCUGAUCUGUGUGAGUGUGUGCCUGUGUGUACGUGUGUGUGUGCCUGUGUGUGUUUGCCACCGAGGGGGAGGCAUGGCCACAUUUGUAUUCUCAAAGCUACUCUGCAUACCUCAAAUUGUAUGAUACAUUUAUUUAUUACAUCCCCUUAUAUGUCUAUUUCCAAGAAUAUCCAGACAAAGGUCUCACAGAUGUGCAACCCCUUUGUUAUUGGUGAUGGAUUCUUGCGUUUGUAGAAAUCAUACUGUUUGAUUGAUAAUAACAAUAAAAAAAAAAA